AGACAACUGUUACCCGAUUUACAGGUAUGCUGUAUAAUAACCUACAACGGAGAUAAGAGGUUAGGUUUUUUCGCGCGAUUGCGGCAAACGACACUCAACCGAAGCAUUGUCGGCGCCACGCCACGCCACACCAUACCAACCAUUCGCUCGUCCGCCGCCGGCUCGCACGCCUGGCGCCUGCACACGCCACCGCGUGUUUCCGACUACUAAUUUUAACUUACCGUCAAUGGUGUUUGUGAGCCUAGCAGAAUUCCUGAAACACAAAGAAGAGUACCAUAACAUCACACACCAUGGACAAGGAUCGCGCUUUAGAAGAAAUGAUGGGAAAGCUCGGUGAUUUCGGGCGGUACCAAUGUUUUCAAUUUAUUCUGCAUAUCCUCGCUGCUAUGACGGCUGGUAUGCAUAUGCUGUCUUUAGUGACAGUGGCCGCAGUUCCGGAUCACAGAUGCUGGAUCGACGGCGUCGACACAAACGAAUCUAUAGCGGCAUGGAACUCAUCGGAAAUACUUGCAGCAGUACCGAAAACAUCAUCAGGCAGCCUACAUAACUGUCUUAUGUAUCAAGAUAAUGAUACGAUUACUUGCACCAAGUGGGUUUUCGAUACAACAUAUAGAUCUUCAUCGCAUGCUAUAGAAUGGAAUUUAGUUUGUGAACAAAGAUGGCUGGGCUCUUUUGUGCAAACUGUGUACAUGCUCGGGGUGUUCACUGGUGCUGUAACUUUGGGGACAAUGGCCGAUAAAUAUGGUAGAAAAACUAUUUUCUGUUGGUCAGGCGUAUUACAACUCAUAUUCGGUGUCGCGGUUGCUUUCAUUCCGGAGUACUGGACAUUUCUAGUCAUUCGCUUUUUGUAUGGUGUUUUCGGGUCAGCCGGUUCAUAUAUAACUGGAUUCGUUUUGACAAUGGAACUUGUUGGACCGAGUAAAAGAACCAGUUGUGGUGUAGCUUUCCAGGCAGCAUUUGCUGCUGGGAUUAUGUUAGUAGCAGGCUGGGGAGCAUUGAUUGAUAACAGACAAAUCCUUCAAAUGAUCUACGGCUUACACAGCUUACUUUUAAUCCCACAUAUCUGGAUCAUGGAUGAAUCUCCUCGUUGGCUUUGGGCUCAAGGCCGUGUCAAAGAAUCUGUCGACAUCGUUGAAAAAGCUUUAAAAUGUAAUAACUCUGAAAAUAUAGACAAAGCACAUUUCGUUUCAAGAGGAAAAGUUGAAUCGUGUAAAGGAUCUGAAGCUGCCACUACAGCUGGCACAACUGACUUGUUCAAAACCCCAAAUUUACGAAUAAAAACUUUGAAUGUAUGCUUUUGUUGGUUUGCAAACUCUAUUGCCUAUUAUGGGCUAACUCUUAGUACAGGAAAGUUAGAAGGUAAUCCAUAUCUCAUUACGGCAAUCAUGGGAUUUGUUGAAUUUCCGAGUUAUGGGGCUGUGAUAUACUUUCUCGAUAUUUGGGGUAGGAGACCGCUUAUAAGUUCUAUGAUGCUCGUGGGUGGAAUUGCAUGUGUUGUUGCCACAUUUUUACCAGCCGGCAGUAUAAUUUCAACUGCGAUAGUAAUAGCAGGAAAAUUGUUCAUUGCGGGUUCAUUUGCCAUCAUCUAUAACUAUUCAGCUGAAUUGUUCCCUACUGUUGUUCGUAAUUCUGCUUUGGGCUUAGGUUCAAUGUGUGCCAGGUUUUCAGGGGCUUUGACACCCCUAAUAACGUUAUUAGAUUCUUUCAAUCCAAAAAUCCCUGCUGUCACCUUUGGAGCGUUAGCGGUUAUAUCAGGAUUUUUGUGCUUCUUUUUGCCAGAAACGAUGAAUCAGCCUAUGCCUCAAUCGUUAACCGAUGGUGAAGAAUUCGGUAAGGGAGAUACUAUUUUUGCGAGUUGUUUUGGAAAGGAGAAAAAUAGAAAAUAUGAUGAUAAAGCUGAUGAUAAAGCUGCCGAAUCAAUGGUUCCAUUAGAAGAUGUAAGUAAAAAGGUUUAAAUUCUACGAUAACUGUGAAGAUGGACAAAUAAUAUUAUCUACUUGUCUGUUAUAAUUCACACAUUCAUUAUCGUUUUGUUGCUAAAUUUUUUAUAUAAUAGUAAUAACAAUAAUGUCUUUAUUUCUCGAACAUUUUACAUUUUUAACUAACAAUUUCAAGUAGACUAUUAUAAAAAAACAAUAUAUAAUAUAAAAACAAAAUAUAAGAGUAAAAUCUACAUUUCUUCGGUGUGCUUUUCGGCAAAGACCUCAUCCAACUCUUUCCACUGCUUUCUGUCUGCUGCUAGUCUUACCCAAAGGGAUCCAGAGGUAAUUUUUAAUUCAUCCUCCUAUCUUCUUUUUGCAAGAAUGGAAUCCCAACUCCAUUUGAACCGGAACCCAUCUCCAUUUGAGUUGAUCAAUACGCAACAGGAUGUCUGUUGAUUUAGUUUUGUGCCUGAUGUCUACACUUCUAAUUUUGUCCAUUAGUUUCAAACCUAGCGUGCUCCUUUCCAUACCUCUCUAAUAUCUUGCUAGUUUGUCCCUAUAGUGUUUCGACAAAGUCCAGGUUUCACAACCAUAUGUGAUGUAGGGUAGGAUACAGGUAUCAAACGUGUUCUUCUUGGUCUUAAUGCCCAAUUCUUAGUUUUCAUAAUUUCUUUCAAGGCCCAAUAUUUUUUCCAUCCAGUUGCAAUUCUAUUAAUUCUCCAAUUCUAUUUCUUUAAGCAUUUGGUUAUUGUGUGAUAUUAUCUGGCCAAGAUAUACAUGUUUCUCUACACAUUCGAGUUUCUGUCCAUGGAUGGUUAUAUUUAUAGGUAAAAUUUGUCAUAAUUUUAGUUUUGCUCGAGUUAACUUCUAGACCCACUUCUCUAGUUUUUUCUGCUAGGGCUUAUACCAUGGGUUCCAGCAGUAGCGGGUCCUCUUCGAAUAGAACCAAGUCAUCUGCAAAUCUUACAUGUUUCAUUCUCGAUCCGUUAAUAUUUAGCCCCAGAUUUUCCCAUUCCAAUUUUCUGAACAUUUAUUCUAGCACUGCUGUAAACAGAUUUAGUAAAAGGGGCUCAUUGUUUCAAUUGGAAGCACAUCUUCCGUAGAUUUCAGCCUAAUACUACCUUUACGAUAUUUUUGAUGAUGUUUAUGUAAACGUUUUGUAUUCCCUGUCUGUCAGGCUUUACCAUACAAAUUCAUGUUUAAAGCUAUCGAAAGCCUUGUAGUAAUCUAUAAAAGCUAGUUAAAUAGUUUUCUUGUAAUCGUUGUAUUUUUGUACCAGCUGCUUAAUUGUAUGUACACGAUCAAUUGUAUUAAAAUAUUUCCUAAGCCCUGCCUGUUCCAUAGGUUGAUUUUCCCGAUCCUGCGGACAGAAUGGAAAGCAGUCGACGUCGCCCAAAACACGUCAUCUCGGAUCCUCCCGAUCCACUAACGGUGCUUUUAGGUACUUCAAGCACCGGUCACCGUUCUCGUCGAACCUGUCGCUUGCGACGAAGGGCUCGACGAGUAAAUUAACUCUCAGACACAGCCCACUGAGUUUCUCGCCGGAUCUUCUCAGUGGGUCGCGUUUCCGAUCCGGUGGUAGAUUCUGCGAAGCAUGGCUCUUGCUAGGGUUCGUGUUAGCAACAUCGUCAGGUUUGAGCCCCGUGAGCUCACCUACUAAAGUGAGGGUUACGCUGACAUAGCCGCUAGGGCUAUCAGCUUAGGUAGGAAAAAAAAAAAAAAGGUUGAUUUUCAUCAAGCCUGGUUGAAUUCUGUCAAAAAUUACUUUAUCAUCGACUCUAUAUACAUUGGAUAUGAAAUAUGGGUCUGUAAUUUCCCUUUCUUGUAUAGGAUUAUUGUGUGAUUCUACCCAUUGGCUUGGGAUACUGCCUGUUAAAGAAUCUCAUUGAAAACCUUUGUUAGUGUUGGGCUUAUUUCUUUGACUGUCCCUUUCAUAAAUUCGUUUGUGAUUCUAUCUGGACCGGGAACUUUUUCUAUGUAUGUUUUGACUUUUUAUCGCUUUUCAACUUCCGAUUUUAAUAUUUUUUGGUAUAACUUCCGUACUUUCUUUUAUUGAUUUUUCUAUAUGUUCUAUGAUGGGCGCUUGUAUGUUUUGCUGAUUUGAAUAUAGUAAGAGAUAAUACUCUGUUGCUAUAUUUUGGAUUGUACUAUGAGAAGUGAUAGGCGUCUCUUUAUCUCUUAGCUUAGGUAUCCAUUCUUUUGCCUUUUUGUAAGUUUCUUGAGCGCUUUUCUAGUGCCUUCUGUUCUAUUAAUGUGAUUCUCCAGAAUUUUUAUUCAUCCAUUUUUCCUAUCUUUUCUCAUAUUUUCAAGAAACUGUUUGCUAAGUUUUUUAAAUUUCUUUUUGGUUUUCUUUCUUAUCCCUUUUUGAUAACAGAUUCCUUCGUUCUUAAAUUAGUUUUCAAGCUUUUUCCCUUAGGCUCUUUAUUCUUCUUUUUUUUGUAUUAAUGUUUGUUCUUUGAUAUUAUGUUCUCCUAUUAUUUAUAUGUCGUUUCAGUCCAUACCUGAAAUAAUAACUUCCAUCAGGUCUUCGGUAGUGUCGUUUGGGUCCCUCUUUUUACAAUUUACUCGUAAGUACUUUGUUUGAAUUGCUUUCGGCCUAGGCUUUUUUAAACCACUUAGACUUAAACCACUUAAACAUAGAGUCAGCUGUGCACCAUAAAAUAGUUACUAUUGAAUUUUACAUUUUGUACUAAUCCCGUGUAAGCCUAACUUUAAUAAUUUUUUUGUGUCCACUUUUGGCUUGUUUGCGUAUUUUAAGAACUUCUUUACAAAAGUCCUCUUUGAAGUAUACAUUUGUGGGAAGGUUACGCUUGUUUCUCAAAAUAAGAUGCUUCUUCCAAGUUGUUGUACGUUCCAAAUGUGUUCCUGAUUCCAUUUAAUUUUUCUUUACAAAAUCUGCUAACUCUAUUUCUAACUUUCCCUUUUCUUCAAUGCCAAAAAAACAAAGUGAAACGAAACGAAAACGAAUUCAAUAAAACGAAGUUAUUUUUUCGUGUUUCCUUUUCUAAUAGUUUUAUUUUUUGUUCAAAAUUUGUGAUUUUGUUUUUAAGGUUAUUAUUUUCUUUCAUUAUUAUUUUUAUCUUUUCAUCCAGGGCCACCUAAAAUUUUUCGUUAUUGCUGUUGUUAGUGUUAUUCUUUGUUCAUUAAACUUUUCAUUUAUUUUGGAGAGUAAAAUUUCUAUUUGGUUUUCUAUUUUAAAUAUUGCGUAAUUUAAUAUAGUUGAUUAAUAACAAUUAGGAUGGUAUCACCUUAGUUUCUGUCGCAGCACUCGCAGCAGCACUAUCAAGAGUUGUCUAUGGCUGUUAAUGUCAGAUGUCGAAUGAUGAACGAUUUUGAGGUUAUUAAUUAUAAAUAAUAAUCGAUGCUUUCUUUGAUGUAAAACACACAGAUAUCUGUUUAUUUCACUGUAAUAUCUUUAUAAACACUAAUUUAGUCUGAUUUUCCAAAGAUUUGAACAAGGUAUAUGUGUUAUUACCCACUUUUUGCACUGUUAAUUGAAUCGUAUUUGCGGAGUUCUCACUUAAACGUGUUUACACUUUCGUCACUAAAACCGUAACCUCUAUUGUUAAAUUUAUCUCAAAUUUAUUGGGUAUAGGUGCCUCUUUUAUAUAAAUGUUUUUUCUGCUUGAAUCUGUAUGUAGAUCUUUCUGUGUGAAUCACACGAUCACCGGAAAUAACACAAACCUUUUCUUUCCCUAAAGAAUUUCAGUGAAUUUGUUUUUAUUUGAAUAUGAUGUACGUGUUUUUAGUAGUGAUAGUAUUUAUUUAAGUUAUAAUUGUGUAUUUUGUUGAACGAUCUCUAUGUUUUGUACCUUUACGAAAGGUGUAACAAAAUCGAGUGCCUUGAAUAUGCAGCUGUUAAAGUUAAGUUGUUCACCAUAAGUAUUCGUUCAGGUCCCUAUGUAUUUACAACUUAGGAUCAUAGUAUACAGUAAUAAAAUUAUACAAAUUUA